GCCAGUGCUGAACUUCAGUCAUCUUCAACUGCUGCAGCUUGUCUCUCUCUGUUCGUGCCGAGAUGUGGUGCCGUCGCCUCCAUUGCGCUCUCGCCCUCCUCACCAUCGCCCUGGCGGUACUGACCGUCGGCGCGGCGCCUACGGACAGCAGUUACCGCAGAAUGUUCCAGAGACUGGCCGCCGGCUCCAGGGUCAAAGCGGAUCUGGCCGAGUAUUCUCUGGCCCAACUGCUCGCCGAGCUGGCGAACGCCGAGAACCAAGCGCUGGAAACUGACGACGUUUCCCGAGCGGCGCAGGAGAACGAGGUGAGGAUGGAACUGGAGAGAUCCGUCAACCCUAACCUGGCCCAGAGAGAGCGCAAAGCCGGCUGCAAGAACUUCUUCUGGAAAACCUUCACAUCCUGUUAAUUCUCUGACAUCGCCGUUACUGGUCCAUUCGUGGCCCAUUACUGGUCUAAUACUAGCCCGUCACUGGUCUAUUACUAGCCCAUUCCUGGCCCAUGUUUGGCCCUUCACUGGCACACGUUCACCUGCUCGGUCUGAACCAAACAGGUGAACGUGGCGCAGUAGAUCUGUACAGAGAUAUUGUGACGGAUUUAUGUAACAGAGAUGUUCAUUUUUGACUUGUACCAGACCGAUCGGGCUUGUGAAUUGUGUAGAGCCGCGUUCGCGCAGCUCCAAGAGGCACUAUUUUUCAUUUAUAUGUUGCAAUAAAACUUAGGUUUGAAAGUGAAA